UACCUGAAGGCGUCAUCGCCGCCUAGCGUGCAGAAGCGAAGAGAGACGAUGGUGGCCUGCGGAGAAUGGCUGUUCAGGGCUGUCCUCGGCUAACCUGAGUUAACGUGUCAGUCAGCGUAACUGGAUCCAUGCACAUCUCGAUCUGGAAUCAAGCUCGGCUAGCUUUAGGUGGCUUUUGUCGUUUUUUGCAAUUAUGGAGGACGACUGUGUGUGUGAGUACGACUCGACGUGGGACACAGAGAGUGAUGGAGAAGAGCCGGCCGGAGAUGGCCAACCUCGUCGGUCCAGGACUCUCGUAUCGCGGCAUCACCCGCCCAGAAACAUGAGGGCAGCAAAGGACAUGCAGAACUACAGAAGAGGAUACCCUAAUCUUGCAGAUGAUGAGUGUUCUGAGGACAAGAUGAACAACUUGCAGUUCUACCUCAAUAAAUUUCCCUCUGCACCUGAUGAGGUCUACAUUGAAUCCUUCCUCAAAGAAUGGAAAAAUGACUACAAAAGGCUGGAGAGAGUCCAUUCAUACAUUCAAUGGCUGUUCCCUCUCCGUGAACCAGGGGUCAACUACAUGGCUUCUGAACUCACCAAGAAGGAGAUUGAGGCCUUUAAGAGAAACGAGGAUGCCAAAAGGAGACUAGUGGAGUCAUAUGAACUCAUGUUGGGCUUCUACGGCAUCCGCCUGGUUAACAAAGAGAUUGGUGAGGUGACUCGAGCAGAGAAUUGGAAAGAGCGCUUUGGCAACCUUGAGCGGAACAUGCACAACAAUCUGCGCAUAACACGCAUCCUGAAGAGCCUGGGGGAGCUGGGCUUCGAGCACUAUCAGGCCCCGCUUGUGCACUUCUUCCUUGAAGAAACUUUGGUCAAGAAGAACCUCAGCAGUGUUAAACGAAGCGUACUUGACUAUUUUCUGUUCGCCGUUCUGGAUAAACAAAAGCGCCAAGAGCUGGUGCGCUUUGCCUUUGUUCACUUUGAGCCAAAGGAUAAAUUUGUGUGGUGUCCCAGAAAGAUUCAGAAACAAUUCAGGAAGGCAGAGAAACGAUCUGAAGCGGUUGGAAAUGGAGACGGUAAGGAUGACAUCUACUCAAGGGCUAAAAGCAAAGAUGGAGAAAAAGGGGUUCACCUCAAAGAGGAGGAACUGGAUAAUGCUGGCAUGGCGCAGAAACAAACUGAAACAAAUUGUGACAAAAUCAAACAGCCUGAGAUGUUCCCUCACCCUAAAGCAGAUGAAACGACAGCUGGAAAUGGUAAUUCUGAGUCCAAUAACAGCAGUUUAGGGAACAGCAAUGACUCAAUUGAUGACAUUGAUGAAAUGGAUCAGUCGCCGACUCCUGACACUGUGACCGUCAAAACUGAGCCCAGUGCCGACAUCAAGUUCAAACUUACAAACAGCUCACUGGACGCCAUUCAGGAACCAGACAGUGUUAUGCAAACGGAUGAAGACAUGAACACAGAGAAGCCACCGAAGAAGAAGCGAGAAGAUAACUCUGUAAUGCAGAGCAGUGGCUCCACUGCCGACGGUAGUGCCGGAGAUGCGGAGGAAAAGGCUGGCGGUGACACAGCCCCUGGCCAAAGAAUCUCACCUGCUCAAACACCCCUUAAGACUUCAAAGCACUCACAUUGCCUGUCAUCAGGGAGGGAAGAAAAGAUCCCAAAGACUGAUUUUACUCAACUGCCAGACAACGAGAGAAAAGGGUUGCACGCAAACGGGAGCACCCAUAAAGCUAAGGAUGAACUAACAACUGAGAAGGUGGAGGACGUCGACAUGGAGUCAAAUCCCUCUAGUUUAGACCCAAAUGUUGGUAAUACAUGAAUAGUUCUUAUAACUUAAGGCCCAACUCUUAAAAGAAUUUCAGUCAAAUUGAUCAUCUGUAAGGAGCUGGUGGGAAGGUUCAGUGUUUAGCAAAAAUGCUAUGACCACAGUCACUGUACAUUUGUCUUAUACAGACCACCAUUCCGUUUAGAGACUGUCACCCUCAAGUCCUGCAAAAGUUGAAUUGUUUUAUGAUAACCUUGAGGCUGUGUUCACAUUUCCCAUUACAACGGUGCUAUGUAAAAAUACAUUUUAGAAGCUUUUCGUGACAUCUCAGCUGGUAAAAAUAGCAAAAUAUAAAAUAACACAUUCAUUCAACCUAGCAAACUGAAUUUUUGUUUCGAAAAUGUGCGUUUUGUUACAUUACAGCCACAAAGUCCAUUUGGUUCACAACUUAAUGUAAAUCCUUUUUUACUGCACAGGGUUUGGUUUGAUGAGGGGGAAAAUGCCUGUGUGAACAGUACAUGAAGUGGUACAAAUGUGCGCACCAUGUGUCCGACCCCCCCCCCCCCCCCCCCCAAACUUUGGUCUAGACAAGCAUACGGGACGACAGUGUGAACACAGCCUAGGAGAGGCUAGUGGGUCCAAGUGCUGAAAGUCUCACUUAAAUUACAAUUCAGUUCAUGAAUGACAUUGUCAUAAUUUAUAUUUGGCAGACAGAUGCUCUGAAAUCAUGUCUGGCUGUUGGAAUGUUAAAUGUGCAGUUUCAGUGUUUAUUUUAUUUAUUUUUUUUUAAUUAUAAAUGGCUUUGCCUAAUAUUGGACUGGUGCUAUUAAAAACUAACAAUUGCCACAACAUAGGUACACCUGCACAAUAAAAAAAACAAAACAUUCUGCCUUUGGAAAUAUGAUAACGCUAUCAGAUACACUAUAUUGCCAAAAGUAUUCGCUCAAGAUAUGAAUUUAAGUGCAGCCCAUUCUUAAUCCGUAGGGUUUAUUAUGACAUUGGUCCACCCUCUGCAAUUAUAUCAUCUUAAACCUUUCUCGAAAGGUUUUCCACAAAAUUUAGGAGUGUGUUUUAUGGGAAUUUAUGACCAUUUUUCCAGAAGGGCAUUUGUGAGGUUUCACACUGUUGUUGGACGAGAAGGCCUUGCUCCUCAGUCUCUGUUCUAAUUCAUCCAAAAGUGUUUUGUAGGGUAGAUAUCAGAAUUGUGGUUACCAGUCAAGUUCAUCCACAUCAAACUAUCAUCGAUGUCUUUAUGAUCCUUGGUUUGUGCACUGAUGAACAUCAUGUUGGAAUUGGUAUGGAUGAACUUGACUGGCCUGCACAGAGUCCUGCCCUCAACCCGAUAGAACACCAUUGGGUUGGUUUUGAGUGGACAGUGAGCCAGCCUUCCAACAUCAGUGUGUGACCUCACAAAUAUGGUCCUGGAAGAAUGGGCAAAAAGGCAGUUGCGUGAAUACUUUUGGCAAUAUAGUGUACAUAAUUUUAACACUGUGGUUGUAGUAUGAAACGUGGUGCAACGGCACUGCAUCAUUCUGAGAGGUGUUUCCAAUGUUACGGUGACCUUAUUUCAGUACUUCAGAGCAGCCAGAUACAAUGGAACCUUAGUUCAUGAACGCCGUUGUUAACGAGCAAAUCUGUUUAGGGACAUUUACAUACUUGGAUUGCUUCAGUUCACGAUGUCUGCUUCAGUUCGUGAACAGUCAGAGCAUCCAUGUAUUAGAAACAACUCUCAGCUUGAUGCUGCACGGGUCUGCAUCACUGCAAACCACAACCACAGGGAUGGGUAUAUUUUUAAAGGAAUACUAUUUUUUUCCCCCCAGUGUCAAAGAUGAGGAUCGUGAUCUUUGUCGAGGUAGAAUUGUUGAUGUAUUGGAUCUCACUGAAUUUUGCACCUGUACCUGAUGUGGUUAAGCAAGUUAAACGACCUAACAAUAAAAUUACAGCAUCAAUUGAAAAACUGUGAAUUUAUCUAGAAAGUAAAAUGUAUGAUAGUGACAGCAUUAAAAUGACGUUCCUAGGUUUGUUUAAUUUCUUUACAGAAUAUACAUAUACAGUCCUAAUAAUUUAAAUGAACUGAAUACUGUUCUUUACACCUUUGUUUUAUUAUAUCAUGUUAUUAUGCUAUAAGAUGUUUUUGCACUGAAGGAUUGCAAGUUUUGUGUUUCCCUUUGGAGGCUGUUGUUAAUGCUAAACUCACACAUUCUUAGACUGAUUGUCACAAAAGUUAUCUUUCAGUAAUUUGUGUGCUUUCACACUUGUGGAAAUUUGACUUGGACAACAGUAAGCCUUGCCAAAAAUGUGAUAAGACUGCUUGAUUGUAUUAAAAAUAUAUUUGUCUUUGCAUCAGAAUUUGUCAAGCUUAGCUCAAAUCUGUAUUUCAAUUACUGAUAUUUUGGAAUCUGUUUGCCAGGGUGCUUCUUUUUUUCUCCUCAACACUUGCACUCAAUUCUGACUGAUUUAAAAUGGUAUCAAAAUACAAUUUAAGUUCCUUCUAUGUGACUUCCUCCAACUGAAAACCUGGUUGUUUAAGAGCAGAAUAAAGAUAUUUUCUGACAUCAAUAGAA